AUGGACUCACUGAAACAAAUAGCUUGUGAUGCCAUUGACAAGGAAAGAGCUCACCUCUUUGAACUGAGCACAGAAAUCUGGCACCACAAAGAGUUAGCAUUUGAGGAGCACAAGUCUCAUGCAACAUUAACACAGUUUCUUGAGCAGCGAGGCUUCAUUGUUCAGCGACAUUAUAAACUGGAAACAGCCUUCCUGGCCCAGUAUGAAAGGCCUAAACAAUCACAGAAACACAAUGUCUGCAAUUUUACAGAUCACAAACCACACAUAGCUGUCUUGUGUGAGUAUGAUGCCCUGCCUGACAUUGGCCAUGCCUGCGGUCACAAUCUUAUAGCUGAACUUGGUGUGGCUGCAGCACUUGGGAUCAAGGCUGUGCUGGAUCAAGCAGAUGAGGAUCUAGGAAAACUGUCAGUGAUUGGAACACCAGCAGAAGAAGGAGGUGGUGGCAAGAUUGAUCUGAUCAAUGCUGGUGUCUUCGAUGAUGUAGAUGUGGCAAUAAUGGCACAUCCAGCACCUUUCACAGACGCUAGACCAGUCUUUAUAGGUGGAAAAAAAUUUUAUGUGAACUACCAUGGUAAACCAUCACACGCAGCUGGGUUUCCCUGGGAAGGUGUCAAUGCCCUGGAUGCAGCAGUGCUGGGUUAUAUGAACAUUGCAGCCUUGCGGCAGCAGCUGCAUCCUUCAUGGAGGGUUCAUGUUAUCAUUACAAAAGGUGGUACUAAAACCAACAUAAUUCCCGAUGAGACAGAGAUGAUGGUACAGAUCAGAACAGCUCGGGACUCGGAAAUUCCCCAAAUCGAAGCUAAAGUCAAAGCCUGCCUCAGAGCAUCAGCUGAAGCCACAGGCUGUACGCUUGACUUUGUGGAUUUUCCGAAACCAUACAGCAGCCUGGUGACAAAUGAGACAUUGGCUGGUCUUUAUGAAAUCAACGGCGCUCUCAUUGGAGAAGAAUUCCAGCCAGUCACUACCAAAAAGGUGCUGGGUUCCACUGAUAUGGGGAAUCUAAGCCAUAAGCUGCCUUGUCUCCACCCUACCUACCAGUGUGGGACAGAAGCUUUCAAUCACACAAGGGAAUUCACUGCAGCAGUUGGUAAGCUCACCCGAAGGCACUACAGCCAUCUACCAUUGCUCAGGCAGAUUCUUGCCAUGGUCGCAGUUGAUAUAUUUUCAAAACCUCAUUACUGGACAAUAUAA